ACGAGAGAAGAGACUUCAUCCAGACUCCAAGCUCUGCCACAAUCAGCAAAGACCUGCCCAUCAAAGCCACCAAUAACUGCACCGCCGGCGCGGCCAGUAACCCGAUCAAUAGCCACGCUCCCAGCGCCGUUGCCAAAUCCACCUUCCCACUGGCCAGCACUCCUUUCAUCCGAAUGAAGGACCAGGACGCGAUUAAACUCUUCAUCGGGCAGAUUCCCAGGAACCUCGAAGAGAAAGACCUGAAGCCUUUAUUCGAGGAGUUUGGGAAAAUUUAUGAGCUUACAGUGCUGAAAGACAGAUACACCGGGAUGCACAAAGGUUGUGCCUUCCUGACGUAUUGUGCAAGGGAGUCUGCGUUGAAAGCACAGACAGCAUUACAUGAACAGAAGACACUGCCUGGGAUGAAUCGGCCCAUCCAGGUGAAGCCAGCGGACAGCGAAAGUCGGGGAGAGGACCGGAAGCUCUUUGUGGGAAUGCUGGGGAGGCAACAGACCGACGAGGACAUCCGGAAAAUGUUUGAGGGUUUUGGGACCAUUGAGGAGUGCACGAUCCUGCGAGGACCAGACGGCGUCAGUAAAGGUUGUGCCUUUGUAAAGUUCCAGACGCAUGCGGAAGCGCAGGCGGCAAUCGUUGCACUGCAUGGGAGCCGAAUGCUGCAGGGAGCGUCAUCGAGCCUGGUGGUGAAGUUUGCGGACACGGACAAGGAGCGCGGCCUCCGGCGGAUGCAGCAGCUGGCCGGGCAGCUGGGGGUCUUCGCCCCCAUGGCCAUACAGUUCGGUGCAUAUGGCGCAUACACACAAGCGCUGAUGCAGCAGCAGGCAGCGCUGAUGGCCGCCACGCAGUCCACCUACCUCAGCCCCAUGGCCACCGCCGUCCAGAUGCAGCAGGUAGCAGCCAUCAAUGCCAGCAGCCUAAUCGCCAGCUCGCUGACGCCAGCCUCGGGAAGCAGCACCCCCCCAGGGAUUUCAGCGGCCCAGGUCCCUGCCAUCGCCAUCAACGGUUACAGCCAGAUCACUGCUCAGACCGACGGUCAGACACCCUCCGAGGCCGUCUACACCAACGGCGUCCAUUCCUAUCCAGCACAAAGCCAAGCAUCCGGCCCGACAGCCAUGGACCCCCUACAACAGGCGUACGCGGGCAUGCAGCACUACACAGCAGCCUACCCAGCCUACCCAGCCACCUACGGAGUUGUCAGUCAGUCGUUUCCACAGCCGGCUCUUGUGUCACAGCAGCAGCGAGAGGGCCCAGAGGGUUGCAACAUCUUCAUCUACCACCUGCCCCAGGAAUUCACCGACUUCGAGUUGCUGCAGAUGUUCCUGCCGUUCGGCAAUGUCAUUUCUGCCAAGGUGUUUGUCGACCGCGCCACCAAUCAGAGUAAAUGUUUCGGGUUCGUCAGCUUCGACCACCCGGCCAGUGCUCAGACCUCCAUCCAGGCCAUGAACGGAUUCCAGAUCGGCAUGAAAAGGUUAAAAGUGCAGCUGAAGAGGCCGAAGGAUGCCAACAGGCCGUACUAGAGCAGCAGGGCUGAACUCACUGCAGACAGAAGAAGCCAACUUCGUCCCCGCCCCGCCCUUCCCACUUCAAGUUCUGCCUCGCCCACCCCCCAACCGGUUCCUGGCACGAUGACAGAUCAACGGAGACUCCUCGCUGGACAGCCCAGCCGAUUCCACGGGCGUGAAAUGUCACGCGGACCCGAGCACCCACUGCCAGAAUGGAGCAGACGGUCCCACCAUCUCCCCUCCUCCACCCAGGCAGCAUCACAGGGUGGGUACCGUGAUCUGGGGUCCCGACGCACUGCCUGGGACAGGGUGCAGGGAGGUCACACACAGGGGUCAUGGUGGGUUAGGGAAAGAGAGAGAGAGAGACACUAAAGCAUUCUAACCUUAAGGACAUGGUCAGCAAUCUCCCUCUCUCUGAGGGGUCUUAGCAUCUCACCCCCCCCCCACUAUUUCCCCUUUGUGUGGGGAACAGCUGCCCACCCUCCCCUCACCCUGCUACUGCAACAAAACCACCCAUCCUGCUUCAGACAUCAUAAGGUGGUGGGGGUGGGGGGAGUGAGGUGAGACAUUUCCUCUGCCUCCCCAGAGCAAAGUGGAAGGGGAGAGGCCACAGUGACUGCCCCAGAUCCGGUUCCCCAGGGCGCUCAUGACCGCUGUCACGGGAUAACAAGACCCUGCCAGCCCGGAGCGUUUCCCUUCCCACCCCAGGGAGCAGACCGCCAGCACGCUCGGACACCAGACAGGGUGGGUGCGGGAGGGAGGCUGCACGGUGACGGAGCUCCCAGGCCCCACCAGACAUACCAACUGGACAAGUUCACAACAACCAGCCUUCGCAUUCACCGACGGGGCGUCAGCGUCUGCUGGAAAACAGGCUGCUCUUCACCCUCUCUCUGGAACCUAUUUAAUAUUUAUUGUACAUAAUCAAAUGGAUUAAAUUAAUUCCAGCCUGAAUCUAACUAAUUCCAUGUUGCCAGAUGGUGGCGCCUAGAAUGUAUGAGGGAGAGGCUUGUGUUAACACAGUGUGGCAAAUUAAAACCCCACACAGUAUCCACAAUGUGUACACCUUCAGUUAUCCUAGCAGACUGUCACUCAGGAGUUAUGUCCAGGCCUCUCCAAAUGGAACAGGGUUAGAAAAAAUUCAGGGUUUAAUAAAUCUGGAAUCGGGUUCUGAUUUUAAGGUCUUAAUUUAUUGUUAAUUUAUUCUCUUUUAUUUAAAAUUGACAAAGGCAAUUUUGUUUUUUGCUGUUUUAAUUGCAUUCAAUAAAGAAUUUCCAAAAACCUAACCUUUUUAAUGUGUGUCCAGCCCCAAGCUUGGCGGCACCUCCUCAGGCAUUUUAUACAGGAAGAUCACUACAAAGACGCCAGGGUAACUUCAACCAAAUUUAUUUUUCAUAAAACAAGGCUUGUGUGUAAAAUAUAUAUCUUUUAAAUUGCUUGCCAGCUUUCCUUCUUGUAAAAAAUAAAUUAUACCAGAGGGAAAUAGUAAUAAUACAGGGUUAAUAAUGUGUGCAGGCCGGCAGUCAACUUUGGGCCUUAUGGGAGGAACGUUUCUGCAGUAAAGCUCCCACUCACAAGUUUGAAAUACGUUCACAUAAACAAGACCCACAGGUGAAAGACGCCCAGAGCUGAUUACAUACACCACUUGCUUAUACCAGUUCACACAGAGACAGAAACAUUCAUUAUUUCCUGGUGUUGACAAACAUCCUUUUUUUAAAAAUCUUCCUUUAUUUAAGACCUCCAGAGCCCCCACCCUCCACUUCAGCCCAGCGUUCGGAAAGGACACAGGGGUAAGGACCACACCAAAAUCCCUACCCUCAUCUCCACCACACUACCCAGGAACCAGCUGCCACACCAGUACCAGUAUCUUCAAUAACAAACCCCAUCCGUGUAGUAUCAUCAGUAGGCAAGGCCAUCAACACAGAGCACCAGUUUAACAUGUCCAGUGGUAGGAAAAGGCUGUCUCACACACACCCAGGGAAGGGACAGCACAGGUCAAGGUGAAGCUCCCUCCACGCCGUCCCAGGGUCAGACACAGAGUGAGUCUCCUUGUAUAGCAACCUGAAGUCAAUGGCAUUAAGAUAAAUGGUUGGGAACCCCAGCUCUGCACUGUGCCUUCACACACUCCUGAGGUGCGGGUAUAAUCUCACUACCUGACCCCCUCAGCGACCGGAGAGUUUCAGUGGUUAAAUAUGCAGCUGACCCAAUUGGAGACUCACCUGCCCCUCAGAAAACAACCUCAAAAAGGCAAUUACUCCAGAUCUUACCGACGAUAGCCACUUACCGAGAAGCAGUUAUCAGCGGUGAGAACCUCCUGAAGGCAGACUGUUUCGGAAUGACUGAAGGGACCUCCAUACCACACCAUGAGUGGGUUGCAGGUGGGGAGCUUCCUGUAUCUGAUCACCACCCAAGGGUGGGUCUAGCCUGCUCGGGAUGGAGAUCCACCUGAGGUUUUUAACUGAGGGGAAACCGAAGGGAAAGUUUACAAAUUAAUGAUUUCCAUGGUGCAAUUCCUUUGAAAUAGUUCCCAGCAACAGGUAACAGAAGCCUCUGAUUUGUACUUUAUGUAAGUUUUUAUGGCAGAAGAACAAGGGAAGCAGGGGAGAGCGUACAGAGACUGAUUCAUCAGGAUCUGAGACAGUGAGGUGGACAAGGGUGCUAGACGGUGAGAGCGAUCUGGCCACUCGACUGUCUGACCCGUGUCCUCCCCCUGAAGACCGGGGGCCACGGAGGGCCAGGUCUGGUGGUAAAUGUUCACGGGAGUCAUCGGGCUGGAAGCAGCUCCUGAUCCCCACGGACAUCCUGCUUCAAGGGAGGAGAGGAUAGGUGCUCAUGGGGAAGGAGAGGAGGGGAGAGGGAGUGCGGGAGGGGAGGGAGAAGUAGAGGAGAGGGGAGGGGAGAUGGUGGGAGGAGGAGUGCAGGGAAGAAGGAGAGGGGAAGGAGGAGGAGAGGGGAGGGGGUGUUGGCAGCGGAGGGACAGGUUGGAAAGAUAGGGGAGAGGAAGAGAGGGAGGAGGAAGGAAGGAAUGGGGGAGGGAGGGAGGAGGAAGGAAUGGAGGAGGAGGGAGGGGGCUGAGGGGAGAGUGGGAAGGAGUGGCUGUCCAAGGUUAUUGAAAGAGAGUUGAGAGCGGGGUGAAGGGUGCGGAACAAAGAAGCCUGCAGAGAGGGAGGGUGCGAUAAAGUCUGGAGGAAGUUGUGAGACUCCAGCGAAGACUGCUGCCCAGGACAAGGUCCGGAGUGUGGUGAACCGUUGCCCCUGGACAGAGCCGGUGACACAGUGCCACAACCUCUACCAUCGAAUAUAAUAAAUAAAUAAAUAGUUUUGAGCACAUUCCUGAUCCGAGUGCUUGGUCUUAUAGAGGAACUAUCAUUGCGUCUGUUAGAGUUUAGCUGUGGUUAUGCUGAAAGUUCGCUCACCCGAGGAUGAGCCCAGGGAUCGAGCAGACGAGUGGACAGAUCUGGGUGAAAUAAAGACCCGUGAGAAUUCUGGCCCCCAUCCACGGGUUCAGGCACCCGCCGUACGGCCCGCUGCUCUAGAUCGCUGGCCGUUCAUUCGCCGCUCGGCGUGGGUACACGAGGCACAACAUAUCAUCUUGUAGUAGGAGUAGA